AUGUCUGAGGGUCUUCCUGAAAUGCAGUACCGGAAUCUUGGCCGGACCGGUCUGAAGGUGUCCGUCAUCUCACUUGGAAGCUGGCUGACCUACGGUGGCCACGUGGGAAAUGAAACUUCCUUCGAUUGUUUAAAGGCCGCCCACGAGGCCGGUGUGAACUUCUUCGACACCGCCGAGGGCUACUCUGCUGGACAAGGGGAGAUUGUGCUUGGUGAAGCUAUCAAGAAGUUCGGCUGGAAGCAAAAUGACUUGGUCAUUUCUACCAAGGUCUACUGGGGUGCGGCCAACAGCGCCAACCCUGAUAAGCCCCUCAACAACGUCGGCCUCUCAAGAAAGCACAUCAUCGAGGGCCUGAACUUGUCUCUUAAGCGUCUGGACCUUCCUUAUGUGGAUAUCCUCUAUGCCCACCGUCCGGACCGUGAUACGCCUAUGGAAGAGACUGUGCGCGCUUUCAACUACCUCAUUGACACUGGUAAAAUCUUCUACUGGGGCACCUCCGAGUGGACUGCCAGCGAAAUCUCCGAUGCUUGGCGCAUUGCCGACAAACUGGGUCUCAUUGGCCCUGCAGUUGAACAGCCCCAGUACAACUUGCUUGCGCGCGAGCGCGUGGAGAAGGAAUACCGCUGGCUGUACGAGGCCCACGGCCUGGGUCUCACCGUUUUCUCGCCUCUCAAGGGUGGCGUGUUGACCGGAAAAUACAACGACACUACUACGCUACCUGCUGGCUCGCGCUUGGCCAAGUCCGAAGAUGGGUACAUUCAGGGUCUUCGCAAGACUGUUGGCGAUGAUGUAUGGACGAAGCAAUUGCAGCAGGUUGCUGCCUUGAAGCCUAUUGCGGAGGAGUUGGGUAUCUCGACUGCCCAGCUGUCUUUGGCUUGGAUUCUGAAGAACCCCAACAUCUCUUCUAUGAUCACGGGUGCCUCUCGUGCUGAGCAGGUGUAUGAGAACGUGCGUGCCCUGGCCGUGGCGGAUAAAUUGACGGAUGAGGUCAUUGAGAAAAUCGAAUCUGCGAUCAACAACAAGCCUGUUACGGAGGCCAGACGGUUUUAA